GAAAAGGGACAAAGGGCACUGGUGAAAAAGGGCUGCGCAUCCAGCUCGCUUCGGGCGCGCCGAUCCUGAUGGGAGGAGCUGGGAGGAAGGGCCAAGAUGAAGAUGACAAAGACCUUUCCAGAAUGGAUGCGACGCUGUAUUCUGAAGAAGCUGGUGCGGGGGACGUGCCUCCGGAGGAGGACGAGGAGGGAACUACUAGUACACGCGGCGAAAAGAGAAAGACCGGCGAGCAAGAAGUUGAAGUUCUUGUCCAGAGUAGUAUGACCGUCGAAGAAGACGAAUCUGGCAGAAGUAGAGACGAGCCUCGAAAGGUUCUGGAGAAGGAAGAAAAGGGUAGUAUGGGAGGUAUGGCGGCGGUAGCUCAUUUAUUUGUAAAAUAUUUUUUUUUUAGCUAUACCACUUAGCUACGCAUUCUCUUUUGCAUGCCAAAUGCCCCAUUACUGUAGCUAGUUAACGUAUCCAAUUCGAAGUCUUCAGCCAGAUUCCGGAACAGCGGAGCACCCACGAUCCGGUAAGCACGACCUCCUGCUGAACGGAUUUGCGACGAAUCCGUGUCCCAACUCCAUGGUCUACCACGCCUUCGGCUGCCGCAGUAUCGGCCUUCGUUUUCCUUUCGCAGACGGGCACUCCGCCUUUAGCUACAGUAAUGGGGCCAAUAAAUGCAUAUCUUGCUAGCUAUUUAAGCGCUAUAUAGAAAAAAAAAAAAUUUUUCCAAAUAAAUGAGCUACCGCCGCCAUAGGAGGCGGUGGAAAAAAUGACCAAGAGAACAAUAGCCCUAACUUCUACAGCUACCCAAGCGAGUCGUUGGUAACGACCGUUCGCUUCAACAACGCCGACCCGCAAGCCGCUCCGAUGCACCUGGUCCCCGAAUAUGACAGUGCACAACUCCCCCUGCUUCCCCUCAUUUGUAAUGCAAAAAUGCCAAAUCCUGUCUAAGCCUUUUGGCUGUGCUUGCAUGACAAGUUCUGGAAGGCCGAACUGCACUAUGCUCCCCUGCGCGUGGAUUUGUAAUGCAGAGACUUCUGCAUCCUUGAGGUGGUUUCUGUUGCUAGAAAUGCACUACAAAUGAGGGGGAGGGGCGGUUGUGCACUGUCAUACCGAAACUGCCGUGCCCAUUUACGAGCCACGCAUUUGGAACGCGCAGCAGGUGCGGAUCAAGGUAUGA